AUGACACUUUCAGAAGUCUCUCCAGAUUCAGCAGACGACCCUAGUCCACCUGUUGACUCUGGGGCCUUUUCGUCGUCCGAUACCUUGGUCGUUCCGAGUCCCAGAGUAUCCGACCCGGCCCGGGAUCUCGUCGACACUGACAAGGCUUCCUCGCCCGACGGUGGUUAUGGUUGGAUCUGCGUCUUCUGUUCUUUCAUAGUUCACUUUUUUGCCCUUGGGAUCGAGUCUUCCUGGGGAGUGUACCAAAGCCAUUACUUCACAUCACGCGAUUUGGGUCCUAUUUCCAACUCAGAUCUAGCCUGGGUCGGGUCCAUCCAGGCAACUGGACAACCACUCGUUGGGAUUUUGGCAGGAAUUCUGGCCCAGCGCAUCGGCUACAGACUAACAGGAUUUAUCGGGACAUGUAUUAUGUGCAUUGGUUUGAUCUCCGCAUCGUUUUCUACUCACGUAUGGCAUUUAUACCUCACUCAAGGUGUGUUAUUCGGCAUUGGGAGUGGUUUCGCGUUCAUUCCUGCCGUCUGCAUUCCUUCGCAAUGGUUUACUAAACACAGAGGACUUGCCACAGGAAUAGCAGCUAGCGGCUACGGUGUUGGGGGUUUAUUGCUCAGCCCCUUUACGCAGAGACUCAUCGACCUCCUGGGGUUUCGAUGGGCUCUUCGAAUCACGGGACUGAUGACUCUAGUUGCCCUCGGAGUAGCUGAUAUCUUCCUUCGGCCCCGUGCAUCGGCCAAGCCGGCCACGAAGGUGGACAAAACAUUGCUGACGGAUAAUGUGUUCUUGUUUCUGUGUUCUAUUGGAUUGCUCAGUGGUCCUGGCUUCUACGUCCCUAUUUUCUAUGUUCCGGGUACGUUUCGCGGUAUCACAAUGACAGGCUUAACGAUUCUCACUCUUCUGCCCAUUUUAUCAUUCCUGGUUUCUUUCCUCAACUCGUUUGUUCCAGACUACGCCAUCAAUAAGCUGGAGCGCAGCGCUCAGGAUGGUGCAAAUGCUGCAGCUCUCAUAUCGGCCUUUUCCGCCGCAGGUCGUGUGCUUGUCGGUAUAGUCGGCGAUCGGCUGGGACAUUUGCCCGUGCUUUCCUUGUGUCAAUGCAUGGGUGGUAUUGCGCAAAUGGCAAUAUGGCCUUUCGCUGGCAGUCUCUCGGGUUUAAUGGCCUUCUCGUCUAUCUAUGGAUUUUUCACUGGCGGUUAUGUUAGUUUGUAUCCAGUUGUUGCUGCUGAUCUGUACGGCGUUGAAGGCCUGGCAAGCAUCACUGGAAUCAUGUUUUCCAGUUUUGUGCCGGGAACGCUUCUUGGUCCUCCUAUUUCAGGAGCUAUUCUUGAUUCACACACCAAUCCCCUCACUGGCAAGAUCAAUUUUCUCCCCGUACAGCUCUUCGGCGGUAGUUGGCUACUGGGGUCGGCUUCCAUGGCCGUCAUGGUCCAGAUAUUCCAUGCCAAGGAAGGUUCAAUUGCGUUGGCAUGA